AUGAAUACUUAGCAAAGAAUAUCUGAUUAGACAAAGGAAUCUGUUUAAAAUACUAUUAGAAAUUUGCAAUAACGUACUGAACAUAUUGAAAAGUUAAUUGAAAAAGGUAAUGAUGUACUAGUUUUCCAAAUUGGCUCUCAUAACAUUAAAUAUGGGUUUGCAAGCUAAGAAAAUCCUAAUAAAAUUCGUACAUUAAUUGCUUACAAAACAAAGAAUAAUGAAUCUUCUUUCACUCAUGAAAGCUUUAGAACUUACGAUGCAUUUGAUAAAGAAGUUAAUAAAUUGGAAUAGCUAUUAAAAGGAUAAAAAAAAAUUGGAACUUAAACAAAAGGACCUAAAGGUGGAUAAAACAGCGUUGCAGCUUAAAAGCUCAAAUAAAGAGUUGAAAUCAGUUUAAAAACACUUGAAUUUCAAAAUAAGAUGGAAAUUGAAGAAAAUGCUGAAAAUGAUAUAACCAAGAGGACUAUGUUGUUUGGCGAGGAAGUUUUUAUGGUAGAAUAACAUGAUAAUUUUAUGAUUCGUAAACCUAUAAAGCACGGGUAUUUGAAUGUAGGAGAGUACAACGGAGAUUUUCAUGGACCUAUCAACGAUAUUUAAAAUUUAAUUGAAUACAUAUUAAUUAACAAGCUUAGUCUCACUCGUAAGUAAUUCCCUUAAUACAAAAUAGUAUUGUGUAUACCUGAUGUCUUUUAAAGGUAGCAAAUUAAAUUAUUGGCAAACAUGUUUUUGCUUUCUUUAAAUUUUAAUGCUAUUUACAUGCACUAAGAAAGUAUUCUAGCAUGCUUUGGGUAUUGCAUUGGACAAGCUUGUGUUGUUGAUAUUGGUGCAGAAAAAAUUAAUGUUUGCUGUGUUGAUGAAGGCUUGAUAAUUCCUAACACUUUAAUGAGAAAAAAUUAUGGUGGAGACGAUAUUGAUGUUUCUUUAAUGAGAAUGCUAAAUAAGAGAGGCUGCAUAGCAUUUAAAUAAAAGACUAACUACAGAGUCGAAUGCAGAAAUUAUGGUGAUAUGCAUUAAAUUGAAAAAUUAAAAGAAAAACAUGCCAGUUUUGAAUAAGCUGAAGAUCUUUCCAGUAGAGUUUUUGAAAUGCAUUGUGUACGUAAUGGAAUUGAAGAGCUUUUUACAGUUUAGCACAAUGAGGCUUUAUAUAUAGCACCCACUAUUAUUUUCCAUGCUGAUGUUUUAAAUGCACUAACUAAAAACACUUCAAACAGCUAUAAAGACAUAGAUUUUGAAUUCUAUGACUAUCGCUCAAAAAGAUUUGAGUACAAUGAAGACCCUGAAGAUAAUUUGGAAGAAGUGACAGCUGGUAUUGUUUGGGGACAAUAAAAAAAUCUGAUUAACCCUUACUUAGCAGGAGCCCAUAUCAUAGAACAGAGAAAAAAAGAUGAGCUGAAGAAAGAAUUAUUGGCUUAAAAUCCUAAUUUAAAUUAAUAGCAAAAUUAAAAUCCAGAAUAAAUUGAAGAGCAAAAGAAGCAAGAAUUAUAGCAACAACAAACCUAUAAGCUUACUGAAGACGAAUUGCUAAACCCUUACACUAUGGUUAAUUUAGAAGACAUUAUUUCUCAAUCUAUUGCUAACGUGAAAGAUCCCGAAUUAAGAAAAAAAUUAGCUAAUCACAUUCUUAUCAUAGGAGGAACUAGUUAGACUUCUAAAAUGGUGGAAGAAUUAGAAGAUAGAUUAAUAGAAAAAAUAUCCCAGUAUGAUUACAAUAUAGAACGUGUAGAAGUCAUUGAUUCAUUGUCUAAAAAAGAAAUGUAUCCUUCAUAUUUGAGUUGGAUUGGAGCUACUGUUAUACCUAGACUAGAUUCUAUUAAAGAUUUAUGGAUAAACUAGAAUAGAUGGCUUGGUCUGUUUGAUGACAUUGAUGAUUCCUCUGAUGACGAAGUAAGCAAUACUGAGGCUAUGAGAAAAGAAGAGAGAAAAGAUAAAUCCAAUGAGUAUGGUAUUAAAUAUUUAAAGGAAAAAGUACCAUUUUAAUGGUGA